AUGUCGCGCAACUUUCUUAACCAGGAAUUCGGCUCGGAGGAUGAAGAUGAUGACUUCAAUCCCGCCCCUGCUCAGGACUCGGACGCCGAGGAGACUGAUGCCAAGCCAGCCAAGAGGGAAGGAACUACUAUCGACGAUGAUGUGAAAAAUGAGGGCGAUGCGCCGGAAGAGGACGAUGCCAAGGACGUCGAAGACGCAGAAGAGGAUGGUGAGAAUGCAGAAGAUGCCGAGGAGGACGAGGAAGAGGAAGAGGAGGGAGAGGAAGAAGAGGAAGCAGUAUCGGGUCGACCUCGCAAGCGGAGAAGGGGCGGCAUGUCCGCGUUCAUUGAAGACGAGGCUGGUGUCGAUGAAGAUGAGGACGAAGCAGAAGAGGAGGAGGACGAGCUCGCCGAGUUUGGCACGGAAAUGCACCCCGAUGACCUCGAUGCAUUGCCCGUGGGUGCCGAGACCGACGACCGCCGUCACCGAGAACUGGAUCGUCAGCGUGAGAUCGAUGCAAGCAUGGACGCAGAGAAACAGGCCCAGAUGCUUAAGGAACGUUACGGUCGGAAUCGCGCUGCUGCAGCGGAUGCUCUCGUGGUCCCAAAGCGGUUACUCCUUCCCAGUGUGGAGGAUCCCAGCAUUUGGGGUUGCCGUUGCAAGCCUGGAAAAGAACGGGAGGUUGUCUACUCUGUCCAGAAGCGAAUUGAAGAGCGUCCGGCUGGUUCCCGAAACCCUAUACGCAUCAUCUCAGCCUUUGAACGUGGAAGCAUCAUGCAAGGCUGGUUCUACUGCGAAGCGCGCAGGCAAGCCGAUGUCAUCGAAGGCCUGGAAGGUAUCACUUUCUACUAUCCAUCGCAAAAGAUGACCCUGGUCCCAGUUAAGGAAAUGCCGGAUCUCCUUCGCGUCCAAAAAUCGGAGGAGCUAAUGCCAGGUGGAUGGGUUCGCAUCAAACGCGGCCGCUACCAGGGCGACUUGGCCCAAAUUGAAGAGGUCGAGACCAAUGGCCUGAAUGUGACUGUACGACUGAUUCCACGGUUGGAUUACGGCAUGAAUGAAGAUACUCUUGGCAUCCCGGGAGCCGAUGCAAAGCGAAAGCGAGGCGCUGCAAAUGCCAUCCGCCCUCCGCAGCGCCUGUUCAGCGAGGCAGAGGCAAAGAAGAAGCACGCCAAGUAUCUGUCGGCUACUUCGGGACUGGGUGGCAAGUCAUGGAACUACCAUGGUGAUAACUACGUCGAUGGCUUCCUCAUCAAGGACAUGAAAGUGCAGCACUUGAUCGCCAAGAAUGUGAAUCCACGGCUGGAAGAGGUCACCAUGUUUGCGCGUGGAGGAGAGGAUGGAACCGCAAACCUGGAUCUGGCCUCACUUGCCGAAACCCUAAAGAAUUCGACCGCCGAGGACUCAUAUCUGCCCGGCGAUCCCGUGGAGGUGUACCGCGGUGAACAGCAGGGUCUGGUUGGCCGCACAGUCUCCACACGAGGAGAUAUUGUCUCAUUGCAGGUCACUGAGGGUGACUUGACCGGACAGACGAUCGAUGCACCUGUACGGACUCUCCGCAAACGCUUCCGGGAGGGUGAUCAUGUUAAGGUGAUCGGGGGCAGUCGGUAUCAAAAUGAACUGGGCAUGGUGGUGCAAGUGAAGGACGACACCGUCACCCUGCUUAGCGACAUGAGCAUGCAGGAAAUCACAGUCUUCAGUAAGGAUCUCCGGCUCUCUGCGGAGAUGACGGCGGAUGGACAACUUGGCAUCUAUGAUAUUCACGACCUGGUCCAACUUGAUGCUGCCACGGUCGGUUGUGUUAUCAAAGUCGACCGCGAGUCUCUUCGCGUCGUGGACCAAAAUGGUUCUGUUCGUAAUGUUCUUCCCACUCAGAUUGCGAACAAGAUCACACCCCGCCGCGACGCAGUCGCAACUGAUCGCAAUGGUGCUGAAAUCCGCCUCGGGGAUACCGUUCGUGAGGUUUACGGAGAGCAGAGGAGCGGGGUUAUCCGCCAUGUCUACCGCUCGUUUCUCUUUGUUCACAACAAGGCUCAAGCUGAGAAUGCCGGUAUUGCUGUCGUGCGGACGACAAACGUCGUCACUGUCUCAGCGAGAGGCGGCCGGGCUGCCGGGCCUGAUUUGACCAAGAUGAACCCUGCUUUGUCUAUGCAGACACCUGGCGGCGGUGCGAUGCCACCUCCCCGCCGCGGCCGUGACAAGCUGCUUGGACAGACCGUAACGAUUCGAAAAGGUCGUUUCAAGGGCUUGGUCGGUAUUGUUCGGGAUGCCGAUGAUACCUUGGCUCAGGUUGAGCUUUACACAUCCAAUAAGCACGUACAUGUGGCGCGGGAUUCUCUGGCUGCAAAGGAUCCUGUUUCCAGACAGCCAGUGAGCAUGGGCCGUGGACAAGGCCCGCGCGUUCCGUUCGGCUCCUCGGCGGCCCCUCCUGGGAGAGAUGGGUGGCAGGGAGGUCGCACCCCGAUGGCUGCUGCCGACUCCUCGAGAACUCCUGCUUGGGGUGGUGCCUCCGCACGGACACCUGCUUGGUCCGGCAUGAGUGGCUCUCGUACCCCGGCGUGGAAGGCGGAUGGAUCGCGCACCUCGAACCCCUGGGAGGGAAACCGCACAGCUUAUGGAGGAGUGGGCAACCGCACUCCGGCAUGGAAUUCUGGAUCUCGAACCCCCUACGACUCCGGUUCUGGAUUCGAUGCUUUCGCUGCAGGAUCUCGUACUCCUGCCUGGGGUGGCGCAAAUGCUGGCAACCGUACUCCGGCCUGGGGCGGGCUAUCUACUAGCAGAGAGCAGCGGGAUUACGACGAUGCCCCUACUCCGGGCGGCAACUACGCGCCUACGCCGGGCGCAUAUGGUGCCCCAACCCCCGGCGCUUCUGCGCCUACACCGGGUGCCUGGCCCGACAGUGCCCCUACACCUGGCGGUGCUUUCAGCGCGCCCACCCCCGGUGGCCCCUCGAAGCGGGGAGGAUACGAUGCCCCGACCCCUGCUGCCUUUGAUGCGCCGACACCAGCCAUGGGCGGCCCUGCCACACCUGGGGCGGGAACAUACGGUGACGAUGACGGUGGACCGCGGUACGACGAAGGGACCCCGAGUCCAUGA